AUGGGCAAAGAAGCCGGCGAAUCUAGCAAGGGCGCGACCGACGUCCACAUCAGCGACUGCUGCACCUCCCCCGAGGUCGUCUCCCUCACGCAGAAGGUGCUUGCUGAGGUGAUCGGGACGUACUUCGUGAUCUUCGCCGGGUGCGGGUCGGUGGCGGUGAACAAGAUAUACGGGUCGGUCACGUUCCCGGGCAUCUGCGUGGUCUGGGGGCUGAUCGUGAUGGUCAUGAUAUAUUCGGUGGGUCACAUCUCCGGCGCCCACUUCAACCCGGCCGUCACCGUCACCUUCGCCAUCUUCAGGCAUUUCCCUUAUACGCAGGUACCUCUCUACGUCGUAGCGCAGCUGCUGGGAUCGAUCCUCGCCAGCGGCACGCUCUACCUGCUCUUCGACGUGGACUCCAAGUCGUUCUUCGGGACCGUGCCGACGGGUCCCCACGUCCGGUCGCUCGUGGUCGAGAUCAUCAUAUCCUUCCUGCUGAUGUUCGUCGUAUCCGGAGUCGCGACCGAUAACCGAGCGACCGGCGAACUAGCAGGAAUUGCGAUCGGGAUGACGAUCUUGCUGAACGUGUUCGUCGGCGGGCCGGUUUCCGGCGCAUCCAUGAACCCGGCAAGGACCCUUGGGCCGGCCAUCACGAUGCACGUCUACAAUGGGCUUUGGGUCUACAUUGUUGGGCCGUUCGUCGGCACCAUCUUGGGCGGUUUCGCCUAUAAUCUGAUCAGGCAAACGGAUAAGUCCCUCGGCGAGUUGACCAAGAGCGCGUCCUUCCUCAGGAGCAAAGCCGAACGGUGGUCGUCGUCGAGAUCGGACGAUGACAGAAAGGACAAAAGUGCACGGAGUGAGGCGGUGGAAAUGGUGAUCGGAUUGUGA